UUUUUCUGUCCUUGCUGUGAUGGUAUCUAGUAUCCAAGUGGCACGGAUCCCCCCAGUGAUGACAGACUGUUGUGCUAGGGGUUGUUUGGGUAUCCAGGCAAGUUGUCAAAGUGGGGCCAGGCCUGUAUGUCAGGAAUGUGUGUUGAAGCCAGGUCCCGUAAACACUCACAAAUGUGUGGAGCCUUGUUGCUACGGCUUUGCACAGAAAUAAGACGUGGAUGAGUCCCUCUCUGAAGUCCUGAUGUGCUACCUGACUAGUUGGAAGCCAAGAGAACAGCAGAGGGAAGAGUCUCCAUAGUUAGUGAGCUUUAGCAAGUAAAUUCACCUAGUUUUGGACCAGAGCCAAGUGGAACUAUAUUAUUUAUGUGUGUGGAUUUUUGUGUCUCACACAAAGAUGCCUAUUGUUUACACAGAAACUGUAAGAGGAAUGUUUUGUUAACAUUUGGUUGGCAAUAUAAACUGACAAACACAAAUGCUGACUGGAACUUGAAACAAAAAUAGCCCUUCUCAGAGCAGAAAAACACAGCUGCCCAAAAACUGUUUUUGAAGGAAGACUCUGCACCUAUUGGUUCUAUGUUUUCUAUUUAAAGUCAGAUUCUGUCAUUUCCAUGCCUAUAAAUCUUCUACUGCAUGUAACGAUCCCAUCAACUUAAGCUCCAUGCCCAUGUACCCUCUAAAAAGGGCUUAUUUUUCUAAAGAAGAUUCACUGAAUUGUGAUAUUUUGUAAUUACAUUUGAAAAUUGUUUUUAGUUGGGUGUGUCGAUGUUACAUUUUCAAAUUCCUGAGCUGACUGGGAUGAAUUUCUCUCUCCAUUGUCAACAUGUGUCUUUUCCAUUAGUUCCAGCAGGAUGGAGUGCUUCCUUCUCCUUACUUUUAAGUAAUAUUUAGUGGCUUGAAAUAGUAUGAACAAAAAACCCCAUGUUUUCAAUAUAUUACUGAAAAAAAAAAAAAUCCACAGCCUGCAUAAAGAGUAGUUACAGGGCCUGUGGGGUCCUGCUUUCCAUGGUGGAAUAUAUUGAAUUAGUGGAUGCAGAAUGCAAAUUUUCAGUCAUGAUAAUGCAUAAAAUCUCAUUUGCACUGUUUCCAGCUUCAUUCCCCAAUGACCAGCAUCUACCAAGUGACUGAUAGCAGUUUAAAUAAAUUGUUCUUAGAAAUGCGAAUUGUUCUUAGUAAGGCCCAGAAAUGUUUGGUAUUUUAGAAAAAAGGGGUCAUGGUAGUUUGAGGAUUCUCUGGCAGCCAGAUGUUUAAUUUCUAAUGUCUCAGCAGGGAUAGCAAUGGGUAUUCAUCAGAUUGUACAGGUCCAGUGGAAGAAAGUCAGUCAGAAUUUCAGUCCUUGCACAUCUUCUAAUGCACAACAUCUCUUGCUUAGAACUGCUUUUUUUGUGCUGUUUUUUCUCACCCUAUUUCUUAGCUUGAGUAUUUCUGCCUGUCACUCAUAGAUUCUUGCUCUCAUGAUUAGUAGCCUAGAAUUAUUUUUGAAUAUCAUAGGUACCACCUUAUGUUCAUUGUUUCUAAAUUGCCUGAUCCUCUCUAAAUGAAUAUUCAAACCUAUUUCUAUUUGAUGGGUGAUUGUUAAUGUCUAUAGGUAUCUUUUUUACUUUCUUUCAGCUUUCUCCAUUGGCACAAAGAAGAAUAUAUGCUGAUUCCACUACAACUCACAAGUAUUGUGUUUGGGUUGUUUUUAUUUUAUAUAUUUUAGGAAGCAGAAAGUGAACUGUUUAUAGAGAGGACAGUAAUAAUGCUGAUGUGGGAAACAAUUUGUAGUACUUCUCCUUACAUUCUUCAGCAUAUUUAUGUAGAAAAAUAUUUCUUUUAUAAAGCUUUGAUUUUUAAUUUUGUUUUUUUUUACAGGGACCUCUUGUGCCUGUGUCCCUGCACUUGGGUGGCUGUUCACUGAUUUCACAGACUCUGUAUACAGAGAUCCUUAACAGGAUUUGGAAUUGGAGGAAAGAUGUUCCCCAGCCAGCAUUCCUGAGCCACGAGGAUGGGGCCGGAUGUACCCCUGCUCAAUGACUACAAGCAGGAGUUCUUCUUGAAGCGCUUCCCUCAGACUGUGCUGGGAGGUCCCCGGUUCAAACUGGGCUACUGUGCCCCUCCUUACAUCUAUGUGAACCAGAUCAUCCUUUUCCUGACACCAUGGCUGUGGGGAGGAGUGGGAACGCUCCUGUACCAGUUGGGAGUGAUGAAGGACUUCUGCACCGCGGCGGUGUCGGGGGGACUCAUGUUUGUUACUGCGCUGGCUCUUCAGAUGACAAACCUCUAUGCAAAGCAGAAAACAGUGACAGUAGAAAGAAUGCAAAUUCAGAAUACCCUGACAGAUGAAGACGAGUUUGAAUUUUCCAGCUGUGUAGGUUCAGAGACAGUAAAAUUCAUUAUUCCUGGCAAGAAGUACAUAAUUAACACUGUAUUCCAUUCCCUUCUGGCAGGGGUAUUGUGUGGGCUGGGAACUUGGUAUUUGCUGCCAAACAGAAUAACCUUGUUAUAUAGCAACUUUGGAGGAACUGUUGUGAUCUUUGUGUUUGGAUGGGUGACCAUAUGUAUUGGAGAGUAUUCAUUAAUCAUCAACACAGCCACUGAAACAGCCACUUUCCAAGCACUGGAUACUUAUGAAAUCACUGCUCUAAUGAGACCUUUCUACAUUUUUGUCUUUAUUGCAGUGGAUCUUGCACACAGGUUUGCUGUCAACGCACCCAUUCUAGAGCAGACAAACCAGAUUUUGCACAUCCUGUUUCUUUUUCUGCCAUUCUUGUGGGCAGUGGGAAUUCUGCCCCCACUUGAUGCACUUUUUCUCUGGGGAAUGGAACAACUGUUGGAGUUUGGACUAGGAGGUUCACCUAUGUCAAGUAACACAAAGUUGUUAGUAAUGUUUCUCAUUUCUGCUGGAACAGCAAUAGCAUCGUAUUUCAUUCCCAGCCCCCUCGGUGUGAUCCUCUUCAUGACUGGAUUUGGGUUCAUACUGAGUCUUAACCUAAGUGAGAUUUGGUUUGCCUUCAAACACACCAUUAUCAGCCAUUUAGCCUCCAGCAAAUCUAAAAAUACUCACCGAGGUCUUAGAAUACAAUUUGGGUGGAGGGAAUUUAUUUUCUAUGUGACUGUGUUGACACUGGCUCUCACAGAAGCGAGCCUGCUGCAUCAAUUUGCAGGUUCUUCAUCAUUUUCCCAAGCCAGCCCCCAGGCCAUAGCAAGUUACAUUCUGAUCCUACUACUUGUAAUUAUGUGGAUUCUUAGAGAGAUUCAGAGAGUGUACUUGUUUGGAGUCUUCCGAAACCCCUUUUACCCAAAGGAUGUCAGGACUGUGGCUGUGUUCAUGGAGAAGCAAAGAAGGCUAAUGAAAGUUGGUGUUGUCAGGAGGAUUUUACUAACACUAGUUUCUCCGUUUGCUAUGAUAGCAUUCCUGUCACUUGACCAUUCUCUACAAAACCUGCAUUCUGUGUCUAUUUCCAUUGGAUUCACAAGGAUAUUUAGGAUGGUCUGGCAGAAUACAGAAAAUGCCUUACUAGACAUGGUGGUUGUGUCAGCAGCACAAAUGCUGGUGUUUAAUCCAGACCUCUGGUGGAACAGGAGCCUUGAUACAGGAAUCAAACUCUUGCUGGUCGGUCUCCUGCGGGAUCGGCUCUUCCAGUUCCUCUCCAAGCUGCACUUCGCCGUCGCCGUCCUCCUGACCUCGUGGACGGAGAAGAAGCAGCGCCGCCGAUCCAGCGCCGCCCUGAUCGCGCUCAACGUCGCCUUCUUCCCCGUCCUCCUGGCCUUGGUGGCCCUCUCGGCGCUGCUUUCCUCGCCCCUGCUGCCGCUCUUCACCCUGCCCGUGUUCCUGGUGGGCUUCCCUCGGCCGCUGCGGAGCUGGCCGGGCCCCGCGGGCGGCACCGCCUGCGUGUGCUCCGACACCGUGUACUACCGGCAGCUGGUGCCCGGCCUGGCCGCCGCGCUGCAGUCCGCGCUGGCGGCCGGCGGCCUGGGUCUCUCUCUGCCUGGGUCUCAUUACUUGUGCCGCUUUCAGGACAGGCUGAUGUGGAUCUUGGUGCUGGAAAAAGGCUUCACGUACUGUGGUGUUAACAUUAAGGGGCUGGAACUGCAGGAAACAUCCUGCCAUGCUGCUGAAGCUCACAGAGUGGAUGAAAUAUUUGAAAUGGCCUUUGAACAUCAGGAGCACACAAGGAUUCUGUCUCCCAAUCCCCAUUUUGGACACAUCCUGACUCCCUGUACUGUUGUUCCUGUGCGGCUGUAUUCUGAUGCCAGGAAUGUGUUAUCUGGAAUAAUUGAUUCUCAUGAGAAUUUAAAGCACCUGAAAGAUGAUUUUGUUAAAGUGCUUGUAUGGAUGCUUGUCCAGUAUUGUUAUAAAAAAUCAAAGACAUGGGAAAGCCCAGGCAGUGCCAACAAGAACAAACAAGGAUCAUUUCCAGAAAAUCAGCGUGGUGGUGCAGUGAAAGGAUCCAGAGCUCUGAGAGAAGAAGACAGCUUUAGUGUUGAUACAGUGGAGGACUGGACUGAUGAUAGUGACAUUUUUGAUUUUGAACCCAGUAGCAAAACGAGAGACAGAAAAGAACCUGAGCAGUUGGGACUGACACCAAAAUUGCACCUGUCUAUUCCAGGGUCUGUAGAAACACAGAGCCAAGAUUUCCUACCAGAAAUGGCAGCAGAAGAUAAAUUAAACAGGGCUGUGGUGCUUGGGCUGCCUGCUGUGGACAAAGGGAAACAGCCAGAAGUUUUGCCUCGUGUAGAAUUUAGCUGCUCUUACUCGGAGCUGCUGAGCAUCCCUGAAGAAUGGAGAACAGCACCAGUGCCUUCUUCCAAAGUCAGUGAAAUGAGGCAGAGGUUUCCAGAGGAAUGGUACCACUUUGUUUUGAGCCAACUGGACUUCUUUCAUCUGAAAGAGAAGCCUUCCAGUUUACUCACAGACCUUAUGAAAGAUAAAGCUUUGAAAGACCUGUACAUCCACGGGGUGCUGUCGUGUUGCUUUGGUCUGUUUGGCCUGGAUAACACCGUGCCUGCUCCUCGCCACGUGUUCAGGGCGUACACUGGUGGCAUUCCCUGGUCUGCUGGCUUGGACUGGCUGACAGGCAAACCAGAGCUCUUCCAGCUGGCAUUAAAAGCAUUCAGAUACACCUUUAAACUUAUGCUGGACAAAGCCAGCCUGGGCCCAGUAGAGAACUUCAAAGAGCUGGUGAAUUACCUGGAGGAAUAUGAAAGCGAUUGGUACAUUGGGCUGGUGUCAGACCUGGAGUGGCAGCAAGCAGUUCUGCAGGAAAAGCCAUACCUGUUCUCACUGGGGCAUGACCCAAGUAUGGGAAUCUACACGGGGCGAGUCCUCACUCUGCAGGAGUUGUUAGUCCAGGUGGGAAAGCUCAAUGCUGAAGCCGUGCGAGGCCAGUGGGCCAACCUGUCCUGGGAGCUGCUCUAUGCCACCAACGACGACGAGGAGCGCUACAGCAUCCAGGCACACCCGGCCCUGCUGCGCAACCUGACCGUGCAGGCGGCCGACCCGCCCCUGGGCUACCCCGUGUACUCCUCGCAGCUCCUGCAGCUGCCUCUCUUCUAGGCUGUCCUUUCUUCAGCCCUGGCUGUUACUGCUUUGUCUUUUUCCUCUGCAUGUUGGCAAUCAGAUGUCCGCGCUCCCUCCGUGCCCUACGGAUCAGGCGUGGCUCUCAGGGUGGCGGUGCCAGGCCAGCGCGUGUCCUUGGCACAGAGAUGGUGCUGGCCAGAACCUUCAGCAGGCUGGGGACUCGUUUCUUGCUGCUGGAACACAAGACACCAUUGCUCGCGUGGCUGACAAGCCACACGAUGAAAUUCUCUUCUCCGGUUUAGAGAAGAGCACCGUAAUUCUGAUCAUUACCAUAAUUCUGAUCAUUAACUUUUUUUGGUGCAUUCUGAUUAUUUUUACUGGUUUUUUUCCCCCUUGGACAGGUGACUUGCACUUCCAGUCAGGUUACGGCUUCUUAUAGUGUUGACAACCAAAGUGUACAUAGGACUAUUUAUAUGAUUUUUUUUUUAUUCUGUCCAUUUUAUAUUGGACUGAGUUAAGUUCUAGCAUUUGUUAUAUGACUUUCACUGAUCUUACUUAUGUGUAGUAAGUUAUCAGCCGUGUUUUAACUGAAGUAAACUGUAAGGGACAAUUUUUUACCAAAGUAGUUGUUUUGGUAAAAAGAACUUAUAUAAACGAGUGUGUGCUCUGACACACUGAUAACCUGGGUGAUUUUACUGAUGAAAGAAGUAAACAUGUAUAAUUAAAGGACAGAGGAAAUUUUAAGGACAAAUGGUAUGAUUUAAUCUCCUUCUUCCAGUAUCCAUAUAUAUGAUAUAUAUUUUAUAUAUAUGUUGUUACUUAUAAUCUCUGUCUGCCUCCCUAACCAGUCUUCCACAAAUACAGUGAGAGUUUGAUGAUGGAGGGGUGGUAAAAAUCCAGCUGUCUGUGCCGGAAGUAAUUUAUUUUUUUUAACCUCACUACAGGCUGGGACAGACUUGGGCAGCUGGUUUGUAACAUUACAGAUUGCCUUGAAAACAGGUCCAGGUCCAAUUCCCAGUGGCCCAUUUAUCCUAUUCACUACCACCAGUCCUAGCACAUAACUGUGUUUUCUCAGCAGGUCAGUGGUUACACUGUAGGCAAAUACUGAGCAGGGAGUAUAAAUGCUGUAUUUCCUUAUCCUAUAGAAUCAAUUUAAAUCAGACCUGCUCCAUAACUGAAGCAGUACUGGUUUGGGACACCCAGCCUUGUCUGAAUCCAAGCACAUUUAUUACUUUUACUCCUCACCUUUAAGACCUUUUGUCGCAGCUGAAGUUUGCCACAGAAUCAUGAUUUUUUAAAACUAUGCAAGUGGUGUAGUGGAUUUCCAAAGCUAGUUGGUGCCAUGCUGGGCCCUGAGCUGCAUCUGGAAAUAGAUCCAUGGAAGUGACGUGGAAGGGGCUUACAAACAGCACUUAUUUCAGCUCCCUCUCUCAAGAACUACCUAGCAAAUGUUUGCUCUGAUUUAAAACUUCCAAUGCAAGGAGUGUCAUGAACUCUUCAAGCAGUUCACUCCAGUUCUUUGCUGCUCUUGCAGCAGCUGGAAAAUUUUGAGUUAUUUCCCUAAAUCAAAUCAACCCUCCCUUGCCUCAUUGUAAGCCUCUUACUACUUGUCUUCUGUAUGGUCACAAAAAAAUUAAAUUAUCUUUUUUUGCAGCAGUCCUUACCCAAAGAUGGCUGUAAUUUCUGCCCUCAUCCUUUGUCUUUUGUAAACUGAAUAAACCAGUUGAGA